CUUCAUCAAGACCCAUCAACCACCUCUACUAGCUUACUUGUCCUCCUUAUAAAAUCAAACCUAUACAUACACAUCUUCACAUCGAUCAAGAAAUUAAGUAGUCAUCAUGGUGGUUGUCGGAGGAGAUGAGGGCUUCAUGGUGAGUGUGAAGAAGAAAGAGAUGGUGGCAGCCAUGCUUCCAAUGCAAGAACAUUGGCUUCCACUCUCCAACCUUGACUUGCUCCUCCCUCCACUAGACGUGAGCCUCUUCUUGUGCUACAAGAAACCAAUAACUAUUUCCACCACCACCACCACCAUGGUUGGUAUUCUAAAGAAAGCCUUGGCUCAAGCUCUUGUUUCUUACUAUGCUUUUGGUGGUGAAGUUGUGGAGAACUCUGUGGGUGAACCUGAGUUGCUUUGCAACAACAAUGGUGUUGAGUUUAUUGAAGCCUUUGCUGAUGUGAAGCUUCAAAAUCUUGAUUUCUAUAAUCCUGAUGAGAGUGUUGAAGGUAAACUUGUUCCUAAGAAGAAACUUGGGGUGCUUGCUGUCCAGGUAACGGAACUGAAAUGUGGCGGCCUAGUCGUGGGGUGCACAUUUGAUCAUCGCAUAUCGGAUGCACACUCGGCUAAUAUGUUCUUGGUGUCGUGGGCGGAAAUCGCUCAGUCUAAACCGAUAUCUACAUUACCAUCUUUCAGGAGAUCAAUACUAAACCCUAGAUAUCCUGUCGGAGAAUACGACCGAUCGCUCGACGAAAUGUACAUUCCCAUCUCCACAUUGCCACCUCCCGAGGAACCUAGUCCGUCGGACCAUCUCUUGAGCCGCAUAUACUACAUCAAAGCUAAUGACCUUAUUGACCUACAAUCGCUUGCUAGCUCCAACGAGUGCAAGAGGACUAAGCUUGAGUCAUUUAGUGCACUAUUGUGGAAAAUUGUUGCCAAAUCGGCCACUAAGGACACAAUUGCCUCUAAUAAGGUAUCCAAUAUGGGUGUUGUUGUGGAUGGAAGAACAAGAUUAGGGCAUGAUGGUGUCCAUAAGGCAACAAAAAUGGAAACCUAUUUUGGGAAUGUACUAUCAAUUCCCUAUGGCAGCAUAAGAGUCAAUGACUUGAUUUCCAAGCCACUGAAUUGGGUAGCUGAUGAGAUCCACGGAUUCUUGGAAACCUUAGUGACAAAAGAUCAUUUCUUGGAUCUAAUUGAUUGGGUGGAGGCCCACCGACCCGAACCCGCCAUGUGUAAGAUAUAUAAUAGUCGAAAUGAUGAUGGGCCCGCAUUCGUAGUCUCAUCGGGUCAACGAUUCCCGGUAGAGAAGAUGGAUUUCGGGUGGGGUGAACCGAUAUUUGGAUCAUAUCACUUUCCUUGGGGCGGGAGGUGUGGAUAUGUGAUGCCCAUGCCCGGUCCGAGGAGGAAUGGUGAUUGGAUUGUGUAUAUGCAUCUUUCCAAAGGGCAGUUGGAGUUGAUUGAGACUGAGGCUUCUAAUGUGUUCAAGCCAUUGACUCCUGAGUAUCUUAACGUGGUUUCUACUUCAAGUUAGGUAUGUACGUAAUUAAUCAGUGUGAUCACUUUCAUUAAUUUGGUUUGUAAUAAAAUAAUGGUGUGCCCUUUAACUUUGUCUUAAUUUGCAAUUAUUAUAACCUUGUUUACUCUA